AUGAAGUUCAUCCUUCCACUCUCGUUGUCCCUCAUGGGCCUCGGCCAAUCUGUUGCACAUACUUUCAUGGAAUCUCAUGUCGAAGUCCUUACAACUACUCGCCUCAAGCAAUCCUCUAUUACAUCAUCAUUAUCUCUUCUUCCAACAGUCCAAAAUAUCGCCCUUCUAGCCAUCCUCCCGACACUAGGUAUCUAUACACCAGCUCUUAUCGGUAUUGGCAUCAUGUCAAGCAAUGUACAAGCAAAGUCCUUCGAAACAGGUGGUGGUCUGAGUUCUGACCCACAUUGGAGGCCAAGCCCAAUCGAUAGGCGACGAGCACAUCCUAGAGAUGUUUCUGCUGUAGCCACCAGCAUUGAACACAAAAAUUCCUACCAUAUAGCUGAAGUUUUGAUCACGAGAUUUGCAGACCUUAUCAGACGCUUAAAUGGACAGGAUGCCGAAUUUGAGUGCUCGGGACAUCUUCCGAAGUUUGCCGCUUUGGGCAGGGAAAAUGCAGAUAAAGGUGAAUCAACAUAUAUCGACCCACAUGAAUCAUCCACAGACUCGAGUGAACAACAUCACGUUACAAAAUCAGAUCUCAAAAUUCGGCGCAAUGGCAAUACGCCUCAGUCUAGAGGUUCGUGUGGAAGUUUUUUUGACGCUGUAAAUACGUCCGAUGCUGAUGAUUGUUUGUUCACCGAUGGAAAAUCUGGAUCACUCGUUUCGAGAAGCCGCUGGCAAGACUUUAUACAUCUCUGCUGGGGUCUAGGGGCGCAUUAUAACCCGCAUGAAAAUAGGUGUAAUGGUGACUGAUUAUAUUCAUAUGGAUAUGAUAUCGGGAGGUCUGGUGGUUAGGAGAAUGGUGCGCGGCUUGUUUGGUAAUCUAUUUGGGGUGGUUUUCCGUUGUGGUGUUACUGCUGGUCAGUAACAAGGGUGUGCAGUUGACACCCAGUUAUUAUCCUUUGGGAAUAACGUUGUAGUUAAAUUUCCAUAUUUUCGACACAAUUAUGAGUUUC